CAUCCUUCAAAGCUAUUAAAAGGGACACCAGAAAGGGAAAAUCUUUGAAACAUACCAGAAAGGGAAAAUCUUUGAAACAUACAUUUAUAGCUAUGACGGUAUUAUCUAAACUGGUCGAAAAAACAGAAUCCGGGUUUUCUCCAAUCCCAGUUAUAGAUAUCUCUGACCCAGAGUCCAAACACGCCCUUGUCAAAGCCUGUGAAGACUUUGGGUUCUUCAAGGUGAUCAACCAUGGCGUUUCUUCAGAGCUAGUAUCUGUUUUGGAACAUGAGGCCGUCGAGUUCUUCUCAUUGCCCGCGUCCGAGAAAACCCAAGUCGCUGGUUAUCCCUUUGGAUACGGUAACAGAGAGAUUGGUCGGAAUGGUGAUGUUGGCUGGGUUGAGUACUUGUUGAUGAAUGCUAAUCUUGAUUUCGGUUCACAUCCAUUUCUUCCGGGUCUCUUACAAAACCAGGAAAUUUUCAGAAACGCAUUGCUAGAAUACACAACAUCCGUGAGGAAGAUGACAUGCGAUGUUUUGGAUCUGAUGACUGAUGGGUUAGGGAUCAAACCGAGGAACACACUUAGCAAGCUUGUAUCUGAUAAAAACACUGACUCUAUAUUCAGGCUUAAUCACUAUCCACCAUGCCCUCUUAUCAACAAAAAUACCAAUGAUGGCAACAAUGUGAUUGGUUUUGGCGAACACACUGAUCCUCAGAUCAUCUCUGUCUUAAGAUCUAACAACACUUCUGGUCUCCAAAUCAAUCUAGCUGACGGCUCCUGGAUUUCUGUCCCUUCCGAUCCCUCUUCCUUCUUCUUCAACGUCUCCGACUCUCUCCAGGUGUUGACAAAUGGGAGGUUCAAGAGCGUUAAGCAUAGGGUUUUAGCAAACAGUAGGAAAUCUAGGGUUUCUAUGAUUUACUUCGCUGGACCUUCUUUGACUCAGAGAAUCGCUCCCUUGACAUGUCUUAUUGACAACGAAGACGAAAGUUUGUACGAAGAGUUCACUUGGUCUGAGUAUAAAAAAUCUGCCAACAACUCUAGAUUAUCUGAUAAUAGGCUUCAAGCAUUUGAAAGGAAAGCUGUCGCUAUAUCGUUGAAUGAUUCAUAAGUAUUUUUCCGAUUUGUAGUUCUAAAUGUGCCGUGUAAUCUACAUAUGCAUUUUUAUAAUUAAUGUUGUUCCAGU